AAGUCUGUCACACAGGGACAUCACCCUACAGCAGUUCAGGCUGUGUGGUUCGCAGGAAGCAUACCUUGGCUUUUUGAUUCUUGCUAGUUCCCAGCUCCCAGUUUGGGAGGAUCUAACACCAGACUUCACUGGAAGGGGGGCCCAAGGACUGUGAGGAGCCGGGUCCCAGUCUGGAGUCCUGCCAACCUGACAUGGGAAUCUUUCCAACGCCCAAGGCCCUGCAGAUGUCGCUAGGAAAGUGGUGAUCCAGGCAGGACCAGGCUGCCCCGACAGGACAGAGAAAUGGAGGCAAACGACCAUUUUAACUUUACUGGCCUUCCCCCUGCACCUGCUGCCUCAGGACUGAAACCCUCUCCUUCCUCAGGGGAGGGCCUCUACACUAACGGGUCUCCCAUGAACUUCCCCCAGCAAGGGAAAAGUUUGAAUGGGGAUGUGAAUGUUAAUGGCUUAUCUACUGUAUCUCACACUACUACUUCAGGGAUUUUGAACUCUGCUCCCCAUUCCUCCAGCACCUCACACCUCCAUCACCCCAACGUGGCCUAUGACUGUCUCUGGAACUACUCACAGUACCCAUCUGCCAAUCCUGGCAGCAACCUCAAGGACCCACCCCUUCUCUCUCAGUUUUCAGGGGCACAGUACCCUCUCAACGGCAUCCUUGGGGGCAGCCGGCAACCUUCAUCCCCAAGUCACAACACUAACCUUCGGGCUGGGAGCCAAGAGUUUUGGGCCAAUGGUACCCAGAGUCCCAUGGGGCUUAACUUUGACUCACAGGAACUAUAUGAUUCCUUUCCUGACCAGAAUUUUGAGGUGAUGCCCAAUGGACCCCCAAGUUUUUUCACCUCCCCACAGACUUCUCCUAUGUUGGGAUCUAGCAUCCAGACCUUUGCACCCUCCCAGGGAGUAGGCAGUGGGAUCCAUCCUGAUGAGGCAGCAGAAAAGGAGCUGGCUUCAGUUGUGGCAGAGAAUGGCACUGGCUUGGUAGGCAGCCUGGAACUGGAGGAAGAGCAGCCAGAACUAAAGAUGUGUGGCUACAAUGGCUCUGUCCCCUCUGUGGAAUCAUUACACCAAGAGGUCUCAGUCCUGGUCCCUGAUCCUACAGUGAGCUGUUUAGAUGAUCCUUCGCAUCUUCCUGAUCAACUGGAAGACACUCCAAUCCUCAGUGAAGACUCUCUUGAGCCAUUUGACUCUUUGGCACCAGAGCCAGUGAGUGGAGGACUUUAUGGUAUAGAUGAUGCAGAGCUGAUUGGUGCAGAGGACAAGCUGCCUCUUGAAGACAGCCCUGUGAUCUCUGCCCUUGAUUGUCCCUCCCUCAAUAAUGCUGCUGCCUUCAGUCUCCUGGCAGAUGAUAGUCAAACAUCAGCCUCUAUCUUUGCCAGCCCCACUUCUCCACCCGUCUUAGGGGAGUCUGUCCUGCAAGAUAACAGCUUUGACCUGAAUAAUAGCAGUGAUGUAGAACAGGAAGAAAUGGAGACUCAAGCUUCAAACUUCCCACCACCCCUUACCCAUCCAACCCCUGACCAGUCAUCCACUCUUCAACUGCAUCCGGCAGUCUCAUCAACGGCCUCCCCAGAAGUCUCCCUGGCAGUUUCUCCAGCAGCCUCCCCAGAAAUCUCUCCAGAAGUUUCUCCAGCAGCCUCCCCAGCAGUCUUUCCAACGGUUUCUCCUACUUCUUCAGCAGCCCUCCCAGCAGUUUCCUUAGAAGUCUCCUUAACAGCUCCAGUGGCCUCCCAACAAGCCUCCCCUGUAAGUUCUCCGGCAGCUGCUUUUCCACCAGUUUCCCCAGCAAGUAAGGAUGUUCACACCUUCCCUGAAGCUGUUGCUGACCUGGAAGAGAUCACUGGAGAAGAGGUCACUACUUCUGGUAGUGGUGAUGUCCUGAGGAGACGUAUUGCUACCCCAGAAGAAGUUCGUCUUCCCCUUCAACAUGGGUGGCGGAGAGAGGUGCGCAUCAAGAAGGGCAGCCACCGAUGGCAAGGGGAGACCUGGUAUUAUGGUCCCUGUGGAAAGAGGAUGAAACAAUUUCCAGAAGUUAUCAAGUACUUGAAUCGCAAUGUGGUACAUAGUGUCCGUCGUGAGCACUUCAGCUUCAGUCCCCGUAUGCCUGUUGGAGAUUUCUUUGAAGAGAGAGACACACCAGAGGGCUUGCAGUGGGUACAGCUCUCAGCAGAGGAGAUUCCAUCCAGGAUUCAAGCAAUUACUGGCAAACGGGGCCGACCUCGAAACAAUGAGAAGGCCAAGACCAAGGAAAUCCCCAAGGUGAAACGGGGUCGAGGUCGGCCACCUAAGGUCAAAAUCCCUGAGCUAUUGACUAAGACAGACAGCCGCUUCCUAAAGAAACCAGAGGCACAAGAAACACUUAAUGAAGAGGAUAAUAAAGCAAAGAUGAGUAAAAGCAAAAAGAAGAUGAGGCAGAAGGUACAGCGAGGAGAGUGUCAGACUCCUGUGCAGGGGCAGGCCAGAAACAAGAGGAAACAAGAUACCAAGAGCUUAAAGCAAAAGGACACUAAGAAGAAAUUUAAGGCUGAGAAGGAAAAGGUAAAGAUAAAGCAGGAAAAACUGAAGGAAAAAAUGAAGAGGGAAAAGAAAGAGAAGGUAAAAAUGAAGGAAGAGGUAGUCAAAGCCAAGCCAGCCUGUAAAGCAGAAAAGACCCUGGCCACACAGAGGCUGGAGGAACGGCAGAGGCAGCAGGUGAUCUUGGAGGAGAUGAAGAAACCCACAGAGGAUAUGUGUCUGGCUGACCACCAGCCCCUGCCUGACUUCACACGCAUUCCUGGUUUGACACUGCCCAGUAGAGCCUUCUCAGACUGCUUGAUUAUCGUGGAGUUCCUGCACAGUUUCGGCAAGGUGCUAGGCUUUGACCCUACCAAAGAUGUGCCUAGCUUGGGAGUCCUGCAAGAGGGACUCUUGUGUCAAGGUGACAGCUUGGGCAAAGUGCAAGAUCUGCUGGUGCGGCUCCUGAAAGCUGCACUCUAUGACCCCGGCUUGCCUUCUUACUGUCAGUCCCUAAAGAUCUUGGGAGAGAAGGUAUCUGAGAUUCCACUGACAAGAGACAAUGUAUCUGAGAUCCUGCGCUGCUUCCUCAUGGCAUAUGGAGUGGAGCCAGCCCUCUGUGACAGCCUGCGUACCCAGCCUUUUCAAGCCCAGCCACCCCAACGGAAGGCUGCUGUCCUAGCCUUUCUUGUGCAUGAGCUCAACGGCUCCACACUCAUCAUCAACGAGAUUGACAAGACUUUGGAGAGUAUGUCCAGCUGCAGGAAAAACAAGUGGAUUGUUGAAGGCCGGCUCCGGAGACUAAAAACUGCUUUGUCCAAGCGAACUGGGCGACCUGAGGUAGAGAUGGAAGGACCAGAGGAAGGCCUGGGACGGAGGCGCAGUUCCCGGAUCAUGGAGGAAACCAGCGGCAUGGAAGAGGAAGAAGAGGAAGAGACUACAGCAGCUGUCUAUGGCCGCAAGGGUCGGCGAGAUGGAGAGAUUGAUGCUACAACAUCUAGCAUUCCGGAGUUAGAGCGCCACAUAGAAAAACUCAGUAAGCGUCAGAUCUUCUUUCGUAAAAGGCUGCUACAGUCAUCCCAGAUGCUUCGGGCAGUUUCCUUGGGUCAGGACCGCUACAAACGCCGCUACUGGGUGUUGCCAUAUUUGACUGGUAUUUUUGUAGAAGGAACAGAGGGGAGCUUAGUUCCUGAAGAUGUGAUAAAGCAGGAAACUGACUCUUGGAAGCUGGCAGCCCAUCCAGCACCCAACCCUGCCGUUUUCUCUGUGAAGAGGGAGUUAGCUGGCUCCACCACUUCUGUGGCUUCUCCUGCCCGGACCCGAGGCCGACCCCGAAAAAUUAAGCCUGGGUCUCUGCAAUCUAGGCAUAUUAAGGCCCCUGUCAAAGGUCCAGAUUCAGAACAGCCUCAGUCUCAGCUUCCACCAGAAGAUCAGUAUCAUGCUCAGCUUCAGGCUCCUGUCCAGCCCCAGCUUCAUUCCCAUUCUCAGUCCCAUAAUGGGUUCCUGGAGCCAGAAGGCUCCCCUUUGUCUCUGGGUCAGAGCCAGCAUGACCUCAGCCAGUCAGCCUUCCUAUCUUGGCUGAGCCAGACUCAGAACCAUGGCUCCCUGUUGAGCAGCUCAGUCCUCACACCUGAUAGCAGUCCAGGAAAACUAGACCCAGGCCCAUCACAGCCCCUAGAUGAGCCAGAGCCCGAUGAGGCAGAAGCCAGUCCUGAUCCUCAAGCACCCUGGUUUAACUUCUCUGCACACAUGCCCUGUAAUGCUGCCCCUACACCACCCCCUGCAGUUUCUGAGGACCAACCCACUCCUUCCCUUCAGCUGCCUGCCUCCUCUAAGCCAAUGAAUAAACCCAGUGCUGCCAAUCCCUAUUCUCCAGUGCAGUUCUCUUCUACCCCCUUUCCUGGGAUGGCCCCUAAAAGGCGAGCAGGUGACUCUGGAGAAAUGCCACAGAGUCCCACAGGGCAGGGACAGCCAAAACGGAGAGGGAGGCCUCCCAGCAAGUUUUUCAAGCAGAUGGAGCAGCGUUACCUAACCCAGCUGACAGCCCAGCCUGUCCCCCCUGAGAUGCGUUCAGGCUGGUGGUGGAUCCAAGAUCCUCAGACAUUGGAUGCCAUGCUCAAGGCCCUACAUCCCCGAGGCAUCCGGGAGAAGGCACUUCACAAACACCUUAACAAGCACAGGGACUUCUUGCAGGAAGUCUGCUUACGGCCCUCAACUGAUCCCAUCUUUGAGUCUUGUCAGCUACCUGCCUUUCAAGAAGGGAUUAUGAGCUGGUGCCCCAAGGAGAAGACAUAUGAGACAGACCUAGCUGUGCUUCAGUGGGUAGAAGAGCUGGAACAGCGGGUUAUCCUGUCUGAUCUGCAGAUUCGGGGCUGGACAUGUCCUAGCCCAGACUCUACCCGUGAAGACUUGGUCUACUGUGAGCAUCUACCUGACUCCCAGGAGGAUAUCACCUGGAGAGGUCGGAUCAGGGAAGGGCUUGCACCUCAGCGGAAAAGUACCAACCCUUUGGACCUAGCUGUGAUUCGACUGGCUGCCCUGGAACAGAAUGUGGAGCGGCGAUAUCUGCGGGAGCCUCUCUGGCCAGCCCAUGAGGUGGUGCUGGAGAAGGCCCUGCUCAGCACACCGAAUGGUGCCCCUGAGGGCACCACUACAGAGAUAUCAUAUGAAAUCACCCCUCGUGUUCGUGUCUGGCGCCAGACACUUGAGCGGUGCCGGAGUGCAGCCCAAGUGUGCUUGUGUGUGGGCCAGCUGGAGAGGUCCAUUGCCUGGGAGAAAUCUGUCAACAAAGUGACCUGUCUAGUCUGCCGGAAGGGUGACAAUGAUGAGUUUCUUCUGCUUUGUGAUGGGUGUGACCGGGGCUGCCACAUUUACUGCCAUCGGCCUAAGAUGGAGGCUGUCCCAGAAGGAGACUGGUUUUGUGCUGUCUGUUUAGCCCAGCAGGUAGAGGAAGAAUUCACUCAGAAACCUGGUUUCCCAAAGCGAGGCCAGAAGCGGAAAAGUGGUUUUUCACUGAACUUUCCAGAGGGUGAUGGCCGCCGGCGCCGGGUACUAUCAAGGGGCCAAGAAAGCCCAGCAGUGUCUCGGUACGCAGAAGAAGGGCUGUCUCCCUCCAAGCGGCGGCGAUUCUCAAUGCGGACCCAUCACAAUGAUCUCACGUUUUGCGAGAUUAUCCUGAUGGAGAUGGAGUCCCAUGAUGCUGCCUGGCCUUUCCUGGAGCCUGUGAACCCACGUUUGGUGAGUGGAUACCGCCGCGUCAUCAAGAACCCUAUGGAUUUUUCCACCAUGCGGGAACGGCUGCUCCGGGGAGGGUACAGCAGCUCUGAGGAGUUUGCAGCUGACGCCCUCCUGGUCUUUGACAACUGCCAGACCUUCAAUGAAGAUGACUCCGAAGUGGGCAAGGCCGGGCACAUCAUGCGCCGCUUCUUUGAGAGCCGCUGGGAGGAGUUUUAUCAGGGAAAACAGGCCAACCUGUGAGGCAAGGAAGGUGGGGAGUCAUCUUGUGGCAUCUCCCCCACCUUCCAAACAAGAAAACCUGCCAUUCUCACCUGCUGAUGCUGCCCUCGGUCCAGACUUAAGUCAGAUAGAACUCUGAUUUUGACCCUGGCCUUGGCAGCGCCUACAUCCUCUUGUCCCUAGUCCCCUUUUCUCCCUUCCUCCUCUUGCUCCUCAGAUAAGAGGUGCAGAGAUGAGGUCCUUCUGGACUGAAAGCCAAAAAAGAAAGAAUUUUUUCCUUUCUAUUUUAUUUCCUAAUUAAAAGUGGGAAAGGGAAAAGAAGUCCCUAUUUCCUCUUCCCAGCUUCCUCCUUCCCUGUACAUGCCCCAGCAUUCUGGGGUUAUUUAACAAUAGCAAUAGUUCUAGUGAAUGUGUGAAACCGAGAAACACUCUGUACUGUGUGCGGACCCGCAGUGACGGCCAGUAAAGUGGACUUAACUCCCAAGUGUGUCGCGCCGGACACCGGGCCCUGACCAUGCUGCUUCCGUGUUCAGUCCCUCCCCUGCUUCUCACUUCCUCUCCAUUCUUCUUUCUUCCCCCCCAUUUUCCAGAUUUUCUCUCAUCUAAUAAUGGCAAACUAUUGUGUACGGGUUCUUUCCUCCUAAAUCUUUUUUCCUCUUCAAAGGAAAAAAAGUUCAGAGGUCCCUGUCUUUCUGUCAUCUUCCUGCCAACAGCUAUCCCCUUAAAUGUUGGAUCCUCCUCACAUGCUGAGUUUCCAGCCUUUUCUGAAACUCAGUGGCUGGGGAGAGGGCAGGCAGGCACCCUGGGCCUUCCAGCCUCCUUCCCAAACCUCCCUCUUGGGAACUCCUCAGGGACAACUACUGCUGAGUUUGGGCGCACGUCUGAGAUGGAGGCCAGGUAGCACUUGACUGGCCUCGGAGGGAGAGAAGUUUGUGUGUGUGUGUGUGUGUGUGUGUGUGUGUGUGAGAGAGAGAGAGAGAGAGAGAGAGAGAGAGAGAGAGAGAGAGAGAGAGAUUGAGUUAGCAAGUGUGAGUGACCCUGUUUUGUUUGAUGGGAUCCAUUUAGUUUCCCCAAGUGUCUGUUUUUACUCCCAUCUUUCUCAUUGUUUCAUUCAUCACUUUUUUGUCUUUGGGAAACCACAGGAACUAUUUCCCUAGGGACAAGGUGUGUCUCCCUCUCUCUCCUGGUCAUUUGUAUUCCAGCCUCUUCAAACUGUGCAAUCUUUCAGCAGGAACUCCCACUCCUCUCUGGAGCUUUGAAUCUUAAGCUUUUGCAUGGAGAGGGGUAGAACUGGAUCUUUCCUAACCUAUGCGCAUCUGUGGGUUUAGUUGUGCUUUCCUUCAUCUACUUCAUAUGCUAGACCCCUUCCCCAGCAGCAGAGACCAUGGAGAACAGGAGAGGCAGGGGGAAGGGGUUCUGGGUCUACCACUGCCCUGUGUGACUGUGCCCAAAUUAAGCCCCCAACAUGUGAGAGGAAAGCUGCUAACUCCAGGCUAUAGCCAUGGGCCCCUGGCCCCUGCUUUCCUGCUCAGCAGAGCCCCUCCCAUCAGAGAUUACGGGUACUUGCACUGGGGAGGUGACUGCUGGCUGGCCUAAGCAGAGAGCUUGAGACAUCCAAGAAAUGUUCUCUUGGGGGCAGAGGGUGCCAGGUGAGGUGGAGCAUUCCUUAUACUUCUGGCAGCACUGGAGGGGGUGGGGGCAGUAUAGGGCCUGGGCAGCCCCUUUCUUAUUCCUUUUACAUACCUUCUUCCCCAUGGCCUAUUUCUAAAGUCGCCUUUUUUGUCAGAUAAACCUCAAAACUUUUAAUUUUAUUUGAGAUUUUUUUUUUUUGCUUUUAAAUAAGAGGUGGAUUGAAGACUAUUUGAAUUGACUUUAUAUUAUGCAUAAAUAUUUAUAUUUUAUCUAAAUAACUGCGCCGUAACAAACUUUGUGUUAGAUGUUUGGAACUGUUAAUAGUUGGGGGCUCCUUUUUUUUUUUUCCCCCAUGGCAAUUUUCCCCUGGCAUAAAACAUACUAGAUUAAUUCAUGGUUAGAGGUGAGGUGGAUAAGGGGAAUGAAGUUUCACUUGUUCUUGCUUUGUGUUCCUCUCCCAGCUUCAUCUCUUUCCCUAGGGACCAGACACUCUUAAGGUGGGGUGGAGUCCUAGACUCAUUUUGAGGAAGUGGGGGCUGAAGCAGGGGUAGGGAUAGGGCAUGAUCAAAGGGGUCCAUUUUUUUCCUCAUCUUCACUGCCCCUUGAGCUAGGUGGAUUUUCUCUACUGACAAGAGUAUUUGGUAGCGAAGGCAGGUAAAAAAUGAAGACAACUCACUCCCUGCCCCUUUGUUUCCCCUUCCCAUCAAUCUGGUAACAGCAAGAAACCACACCAUCAACACCAAGUUUCCAUGUUCCUUUUACAACAAAAGGGACUGACUUUUUAUAUAACCAAAUGUGGUGUUUUAGUGACUUUUUGAUAAUGUACAGUUUUUUGUGAAUUUAAAUUUAUUUCUUUCUAUAUUUUUAGGACCAAUCUCAUUUUUAAUAAGGUUAAAAAAAAAAGGAAAAAAAAAAAA